AUGAAAAGAGUAGAAUUCAAGCUAGAUCACUUGUCCACCCGAGCUCAGCUUGAAACUUCUUCUGAGUCCGAUCCCGACCGGCUCGAUCCAAGCCAUGUUCUACAAGACAGCCCUUCGCAUCCCGAGUCAGUCCCUUCAAGUAGAUCGGUUCUAUCACCACAAACAAAUCUGUCCAGACAUCCCUUGUCUCUCCCUGAUGACAACCUGGUGAUAUCAUUCAGUGCCCACCAAACAGUACACUGGCGGGGGGUAAGACAGUGUCUCCCACGAGAACUAGUUGACAUUGUUAGUCGAGUAGACAGCACUUACCCCACUCGCCUAGAAUUCGAGCGACCUCCUUUGAAUGCAACCAUACAUCCCGAUAUCAAUACUCAUUUCGGGGACUGGCUCGCCACGCUGAGCAUCUCAUGCGUGAAGGUGCUGUCAAAUGCCUAUUUCGACACCUUCAACAGGGUCUAUCCGUUCAUCGAUCGCGACCACUAUUUCUCAAACACACUCGCUGUGGUGGUUCGUGAAGGAUUCGGGUACGACAUGGAGACCUGUUUGGUGCUUAAUGUCAUGACUCUGGGUUGCAUGGCGCUCAAAGCAUAUCAAGAAGGUGAAUUCGAUACACCUCAUUAUGUAGCGCUGCCUCCGCUUGCCAUUCAAACCAUAGACGAGGCCGUCUCUGGACUAAGUUUCUUCAAUGAAGCCCGGAGGCGAGUUGGGUUUUGUCUUUGUGAUCGCAGUAUCCAGAGCUGCCAAUAUUACUUGACGUCUGCAGUUUUCUUCGCUCAGACUAUGAGACCAGUCGAUCAAUGGAUGAUGACGACACGUGCAGCAACGAGCUGUAUCGCGUUCUGGAGAUGCCCCCCAGAGCCAUAUGACGAGUGGACCAUAGACAUCUAUUCUCGACUGUUCUGGAGCGCCAUAUUACUCGAGACCAUCAUCGUACAAGAACUGGAGCUCCCGCCUAGCUCGUUCAAAGAAUGGGAAGAUGUUGUCCCCCUCCCCAAAUUCACGGCAUUCUCCUACAUGAACAAACCUCUUUCUAGAAAUCCCGACGACUCUUACUAUCACUACCAUUUCCUGGCUCAGAUAGCACAUAGGAUCAUUCUUAGCCGAAUACGCGAAGAAUUGUUCUACGUCCACCCCUCCCCAGCGCUGGCGGAUGAACUGCGCCACCAGCUUGAGCAGUGGAGUGCCAACUUACCUGACACCCUGAAGUACACAGAUGAAAACCCGAACCAGGGCUUUAAAUCCCCCGCAGAUGCGGUGGUCGUUGCAUUGCUCUACACUCGCUAUCGAGUAUCCAUUUUUCAUCUAGGAAGACCAUUCCUGUACAAAGCUAUCCAAUCCCCGGCAACUGUGACAGAGAAGGAUUUGCUGUUAUGCAAGGAAGCUCUUCAGCAUGCCAUGGAUUGGCCAUUGACCUGGGAGAUUUGUGCCAAAAUGAAGAACUUUAUGCCUUUGAAGUAUUUUGCGUCUGGGCAGAUGUUUGGCCAAUUGCUAAUCUUCCAUGCCUUCAAAAAUUCGCCUGAUCCUCGGCUCCGGCAAGCAUUACCUACAGGAUAUGAACUGUGGUGCACCAAAAUGCUGCGGUUCAUCUCAGAGUUUGCGGAUUCAAGCCCAACGAUCGGAGCAGAUUUCGAAAUACUUUCGAUCUUGUACCAGCUGAGCGGCAAAGGUUGA